UUAGAGUUACAUAUGUUUCUGAACAUAUGGUUUCGAUGGCACAGUUCUGAUGGUGUUUCCUGCACGGAACCUGAGAGAUGGUUGGUAUCUCUUCGAAGUUCUGCAAAUCUGCGUUCAUGAACGCCAUGCGAGCGUAGGCAUAAGAGUAUGCAGAGGGAUACCAGCGAGAGCUCGACGUAUUUGACUCUUACAUAGAAAAACUGCUUUCAAGCUCUUCUCGAAUCGAAGAUUAGUACAGUACUUGACAAUGGGAUCGGAGGAGUUGAGCGCAGGUCAGAAAAUUACUUCAUGGUUGUCCGAGUUCGAUACAGUAUUGCAAGACGAGGAUGUGGACCAAAUAUUGGAGCUAUUUGAUGACCAGGAAUGCUUUUGGAGAGACUUGUUACCUUUCACAUGGAACAUCGAGACUUUUGAAUCGAAAGAUGAAAUUUUAAAGAUGCUGACGGAGAAUCUGGCCAGGGUGAAACCGAGAGCGUUCGUGAUUGACGGGGAUGUGAUCGACAGACCAAAUGGCUUGAUGGGUUCUGCCUUUAAAUUUGAAACUUCAUUGGCCUGGUGCAGAGGAUUUGUAUGGUUAAAAGGUGGGAAAUGCUGGACGAUCACGACAUCCAUGUGGGAUCUCAAAGGUUACGAAGAGAAGAUAAGUCGAUCUAGACCUUUUGGUCCCACCUUGGGUCAAAUAAAAGGCAGGAAAACUGCAUAUCAGGAAAAACAGCAAGAGCAGCACGAUAUGGGACGAAGCAAACAGCCCUACUGUUUAGUCGUGGGGGCGGGACAGGGAGGGGUGAUGCUUGGAGCCAGGUUGAGGAUGCUGGGAGUCCCAGCCAUAAUUGUCGAAAAAAAUGAAAGGCUAGGAGACAAUUGGCGCAACCGCUACAAGUCCUUAGCACUUCACACACCAUGUUUCUCAGACCACUAUCCGUACCUGCCAUUUCCCAGCAACUGGCCAGUGUUGGCACCCAAGGAAAAACUGGCAGACUUUAUCGAGUGUUACGGGAAGUUGAUGGACCUCAAUGUCUGGUGCUCUACAGAAUGCAAAUCUGCCUCCUACGAUGAAAAGGAAGGCCACUGGACAGUGGUUCUGGAAAGAAAAUGCGGAUCCGAAGUUUCUGAAGUAGUCGUUCAUCCCUCACAUGUCGUUCUUGCUUGCGGCUUAGCAGGCUACCCCAAGAUGCCGAGCUUUCCAGGUAAAGAAAAUUUCCAAGGUGUGCAGAUCCAUAGCUCCAAGUUCGUGCAGGGGGAGGAUUAUACGGGAAAGAAAUGUAUCAUAAUCGGUGCAGGUACGUCAGCACAUGAUAUAUGCUUAGACUUGUGGGAGCAGGGAGCUUCUGAGAUCACCCUCGUCCAGAAAUCACAUACUCACAUCGUCACUAUGAAAGACUUCUUGGAAUCUCGUUUGGAUCCACAACUCGAAAAGGCAGAGCUUGAUACCAACUUCGACACAGAUGCCUUCGACCUCAAAUCUGCAUCCUUGCCGUACAAGGUUCUUCCUCGGUUGAACGUCCCCAUUUAUGCUCGCAUUGCUCAGAAAGAGGCCGAAUUGUACGACAAGUUGCAUAAAGCAGGAUUCAAAACCUUCAUGGGAGAAGAUGAAUCCGGCCUUAUCUUAUUCCUUCUGCGGAGAGCUGCCGGCUACUAUAUCGACAUGGGAGCAUCAGAACUGAUCGCCGACGGCGAGGUCAGGGUGAAGAAUGGAGUUACAGUCCAGGCGAUGAAGGAAAACUCGGUGGUUUUUGACGACGGCAGUGAGGUUUCGGCCGACGUGAUCAUCUAUGCAACAGGUUAUGGGAACAUGCAGGAAUUCGUCGAGAAGCUGAUUUCCAAGGAGGCAGCCGAGAAAGUGGGGCUGUGUUGGGGUCUUGGAUCGGGCUUCAAGGGAGACCCCGGUCCUUGGGUCGGUGAGUUGAAAAACAUGUACAGGCCUCUGCCAGUUCCUGCCUUGUGGAUUUUGAGUGGAGGUCUCAGCCACUGCAGAUUUUACAGCCGCCAUGUGGCUCUUCAGCUCAAAGCAAGAAUGGAAGGCAUUCCAACUCCAGUCUACAAAUUAGUCAGACACAAGGAACCAGAUUCUCCUGUUCUAGCUUCUAAAUUGUCCAGCAUCCAAAUGCAGGACUAGGUCCAAUGUAAUUUGAUGAAGUAAAAGCGUAUGAUCGGUUGUAUAGCAAAGAUGUCAUGCGCCUAGUUUUUCCUUCCCUUUGUCUUUGUCUAGUGCAUAAUCUUUCGUUGACUGAUCCGAUAUGGUCUGACGAUUGGGGUGACGAAGCAAUAUAGCCAAAAGAAACUCGUCAAGCCCAACAAGGAUGACGCGAACCGUUACUCUCGAGGUAUGCCCCAAUAGCGUCAUAUUGUAAAUUAUGUCAUGCAACAAAUGCAAUAUUCAAGCAAUCUAAACACUAAAACAUUCACAA